GGGAUGGUGAUGAAUAACGUCGAUUUGCUCCGUGGAGACGGGCAGAGAUGGCGUUCUUUGUCAUUCAUCGUAAUUCCUCGUCAUUCAUUGUCAGCGGAGAUUUCAGCAACUAAACAGGGUUUGGCCAUGGAUGAACAAUCCUGCGUACGUGCGGUAUAUGCCUCCGUGGAUGGAGAUACCAUGGUAUAAUCCGAGUGUGUCCAUCCAAGGCCGAAUACACGAUAUACGGCGACGAUGAUAUAAAGAGAUCGCCUAGACUCUAGUCUUGGCUUCUAUCUAACCCACUCACUCCUCACCUCUUCUCCUCUCCUCUCUCUGCGGUGACCCAACUCCAAAAGAGCCGAAACAGAACCAUCGCCAUGUUCUGCAAGUCCCUCCUCGCCACCGCCGCCUUCGCUGCCGCCGCGCUGGCCAAGACGCUCCCCUCGGAGACUCUCGACCAGCUCCAGCUCGGCGCGUGGCUCGAGAACAUCGCCGUCCGCCCCAACGGCGACCUCCUGGUGACGCAGCUGGCCCCCUCGGCGUCCAUCUACACCGUCAAGAACCCGGCCAAGAAGCCGCACGCCCUCGAGGAGCUCGUCAACAUCCCCGUCAUCCAGAACCUCUACGGCAUCGCCCAGGUUCCCGGCGGCGGCGACUCGGAGAAGUACGUCGUCGUCGGCGGCAACUCGUCGGCGUUCGCCACCCCCGUCGCCGGCAGCUUCAGCAGCUGGACCAUCGAGCUCAAGCGCGACUCCCGCUGCGACAAGGUCAAGGUCAAGAAGAUCAGCUCCAUGAGCAAGGACAGCCAGUUCCUCAACGGCGUCGCCGAGAUCCCCGGCGUGUCUUCCGCCGUCUUGAUCUGCGACUCGGCCAACGGCUUGGUCGGCUACCUCGACCUGAAGACCGGCAAGUUCGACACUUCGGCCUUUGUCUACCCUGAGAUGGCUCCCACCAAGGACGCGAAGCUGCCCAUUGGCAUCAACGGAAUCCGCAUCCGCAAUGGCUACCUGUACUUCACCAACUCUGCCCUCGUCUCCAUCUUCCGCAUUGCCGUGACUCCCCGCGGUCUCCCUGCAAAGGGUGCCGAGGUUGAGCUCAUCAGCGACCUCUCCAGCCAAGCCACCUUCCUCGACGACUUCACCUUUGACGCUGAUGGCAACAUCUACGUCGUCACCAACUUCGACAACUCCGUCAUAUUCGUCAACGUCAAGUCGGGCAAGGGCGAGACCGCCGUCGGAGGCCUCAAGGAGAUGACCGUCGCUGGCUCCACCGCCGUCGCUUUCGGCCGUGGCAAGCAUGACAAGGAGACUCUGUACGUCGCAACUGGCGGUGCUCUCGGUGCUCCCGUUGACGGAACCAAGACCGAGGGUGGCAAGGUCGUUGCUGUCGACACUGAUGCGUAUUGAACGCUACCAUCGUGUGAAAUGGUUGAAAACUGGGUUGUAACUGUGGGGCAAAG